AUGUAUUCUAUUAAUAACUACGGUAUUGACUAUUUAAUUAGAAAAAAUAUAAAUCAAAUUGAAGGAAUAAAUGGAAAAAUAAAAACACUAUAUGAAGAUUUCCAUGUACAUGAAAUAACUAAAAAUAAUGAAAUCCUUUACUUAAAUGAUCUUAUAGAUAAAAAUAGAAUUAAUGAAAUUAUAGAGGAAAAUGAAAAAAAUGAAGAAAGGAAUAUAUUACAAAAUAUUAGCAAUACUGAUUUAAACCUUCAUUUAAUUUCAAAGUAUGUAAAUGAAUUCAAUAAAAAUAUUUUCAGGCAAUUUUUGCAUAUUUUAUAUGAAAUGUAUCAAUUAAAAAAUAAAAAUGAGAUAACUGAUAUAUCCUUUAAUUCAAAGGAUAUUACUAUUCCUUAUUGUUGUUUAACUAAUGUAGAUAGUAUUAUAAAAGAUGGAAAUUAUGAUGAAAAUGAAUUUUGCGAUGAAUUAAUACAAAAAAAAAAAUUAAGAAAAAACAUUCAUAGAGUUAUAAGACAAUUUUAUCCAUUUUUAAUAACAGAAACUAAAAAUGUUUCGAAAAUUGAAACCUUUAUAUCACAUGGAAAUAUAUUAAAUGACAGUUUUAUAAAAAAUAAUUAUAAUUUAAAUUUUGAUUUAGAUAAUAAUAAUUUUGAUAAUAUAACAAACGUUAUUGAAAUUUAUCCUUCUUUAAAAUGCCUUAAAAUGAUUUUACCAGAUAGUAUAUUUAAAAAAUUAGAAAAAAAUUCUAAAAAAUUUCGUUUUUAUAGAAAUGAUGAACUGGAAAAUAUUAUCAAUAAUAAAUUUAGCGAUACAAAGAAAUGUAAGAAUUAUUCAAAAACAUCUAAACAAAAUUCUGAAUUUCUAAAUUAUGGAAAUAAUAAUGAAAAAGAAAAUGAAAUAGAUAAAAAAACAAAUAAAAUUGAGAGUAAUACUGUUUUGAAAAAAAAAAGAAAAUUGAUAACUAAUAAUUCGAAUGAUGAAAAAUUACUAAAUUUAAAAAAUUAUGACUCUUCAAAUAAAAUAAGUAUAAUGAAAUUAAAUCAAAACGAAGUAUAUCAGCAGAAGGAAUCUAGUCUUUAUGAUAAAAAUAAAAAUUUUAAUACAAAUGAUAGUGAAAUUUUUAUAAAGGAUGAAGUUAAUAAUGAAAUGAAUAGUCUAGAUGAUAAGUUAAAUGAUCAUAUUAAUGAUAAAAAAAGAAAUUUUCAAGAAAAAAAUACAUGUUUAUUUAGUGAGGAUAUUUCUAGUGAAUUGAUCAACAUAAAAACUACAGAAGAUAAUAGGUACUUAGAAGAUUUAAAUGAAAUUAAACAAAAAAAGAAAGAAUUAAAAAAUGAAAGGAAAUAUUUGCAUUUUAACUUAUAUAAAGAAAAUAAGGAUAUUUGCGAAAUAUUAAAUAAAAUUAAAAUAAGUUUAAAAAAAAAAAACUCUGAUAUAUCUUAUUGUGGAAUUAAAGACAAAAGAGGUAUAACAGUACAGAAGUUUUGUAUUUCUAAAAUAAAAAAAGAAGAUAUAUAUAAAUUAAUAAUUAAUAAAACCAAGUGGUGUAAUAAUGUUUACGUAUCAAAUUUGGAAUAUAAAAAAGAAAAAUUAUCUCUAGGAGAUUUAAAAGGAAAUUUUUUUAAAGUUUUAAUUAGAGGUGUUGAUAAUGAUAUACAAGAUAAAUGUACAAUUCUUUUUAAUAACUUAAAAAAAUAUGGAUUUAUUAAUUAUUAUGGUUCUCAGAGAUUUGGUAGUAAAAAAAUAAAAAAUUAUGAUAUUGGAAUAUGUAUUUUAAAGAAAAAUUAUAAACAAGCCCUUUUUUUUAUAAUUGAAAACUCAGAACUAGAUAAUGAAAGCAAAAUAAUUUUGAUCACAUAUUUAAAUACAAUUAGUGAAGAUAAUAAAAUAAAAAAAGAAGAAGAAGUGAACCAUAAUGAAAAAGAUUAUGAUAAUGAGAAAAAUGAAGUGGUUUACGAAAAUAUAAAACGCUAUUCUAAAAACAUAGAAAUGUUUGACGAAAAUGAAAAAAAAAAUUUUAAUAAUAAUAAAAAUAAAAACUGUAAAAAUAAAAUGUUUAAGCAUGAGAAUAGUAUCCCUGAAGAAGUAAAACGCAUAAUUAAUUCUAUUUCAAAUAAGUCAUAUGUAGAAAAAAUGAUUUUAAAUUCUCUGAAAAAUAGUACUAAUUUAAAAAAUGCAUUCAUGAAUAUACCUAAAGAUAUUUUCUCUUUAUUUAUACAUGCAACACAAAGCUUAAUUUUUAACAUUUUGACUAAUAUUAGAAUGAAAAAAUAUGGAUUUCGAAUUACAAUAGGUGAUUUAGUUGAAGAAAAAGGAGAAUCAGAAAACUUAAGUGGUAAUGAUUCAAAUUUAGACAAUUAUUCGAAAAAUAAGGAUACAUGUAAAAAAGUUACUGUGAUAACAAAAGAUAAUAUUUCAUUGUAUGAUAUUUAUGAUGUCGUUUUGCCUUUACCUGGAGAUCAAAAUAUAACAUUCCCUCUUAAUUUAAUUGAUGAGUAUAACGAAGUUUUACAACAUUUUAAUUUGUCAUUAAAUGAUUUCAAAUCAGAAAAAAAUUUUUUUAAUGCUGCUGGUUGCUUUAGAAAAAUUGUUGUUAAACCAUAUAAUGUCAAAUUAGUUUACAUACCAAAUAGUGUUGACAAUUUAGAACAAAUCCCAUUCAUUAAAAGUGAUUUAUAUAAGUUAUUUAAUGAAAAAAAAAAAGAAAAUACACUAAGAUUACAAAAAGAAGAGGAAGAUUAUGUCAAUGAAAAAUAUAAUAAAAAUAUAAAUAAUAAUUAUAUUAAAAAAAGUAAUGAACAUGCUAUUGAUGAAAAUAAUACUUUAAGUAUAGUAAAAGAAGAAAAGGAACAAAAAGAAAUUGAAGAAAAUAUAUUUUUUAUCUCCAAUAAAUUAUAUCAUGAGCAUUUAAUUAAAGAAAUACCAGAUUAUCAAAUAAAAUCAUCUAUUUUUUUUACAUGCUCUUUACCAAAGUCUUCUUAUAUAACAGUAGCACUUAAAGAAAUUCUAAAUAUUUAA